AUGCUCUCUGCUGCUACCAUCGGAAUCGGUUAUGCCGCCGCCAAUAUAGGCGAUGCGCUGUGGUGUCUUGACAGGCGACAAGGCAAGGCCGAUGAGCAGAAACGUGACCAGGCCAGGCCAGAGGACCUGCGAUAUACAGGCACUGCUCCGUUCCCUGCAGGGCAUGCGCUGCUAGCCACCGCCUAUGCAUGCACAUUCUCAAAGAAUUCGGCAGUCCUGGCGCUGGGUAACCCCCCCAGAACCCACACGAGCUUCGAGCACGAGGAAAGAGUUUGCGAGGUCGGUGGCUCAACUGGCGUGGCUCAACUGGGCUUCAGCUGGCCACGCUUGUGGCUGUCUCUGAGCCAAUCACAGCUGGCUUGGAGCAUCUGGGCGGGCAGAGCCACUGACCAGCGGGCUGGGCUGGAUGAGUGGAUGGAGCAAGCCUCAUUUCCCGAACCGGUUUCUGCAGAGGGGCAGGCCAAGCAUCCCGAUUCAUGCGGCCUCGGCGAAGCGACCCCCGAAGAGCUGCCAAGACCCCUGGCGGCUCGCUUAGUCAGUUCUGAAGCAUCACUGAGUCCACGACUCGGCCGUAAAUCUGCCACCAGACUGACUAGAGCAGCGCUGGAAGAGGGGAUUUGCUGGGGAAUCCACUGCCUGGAUUCAGCUGUCAACAGCUGGCCGUUGCAUGUUCGCCGACGCAGUCCUAUCCUGGCGAUGCCCAAAGCGAUGCCUAUCAGUGCCCCUGUCCGCCGCAGCCCAGCACGUGGAAUCAGUCGCAUCCUGCGCUCACCGACGUGGCACACUGUGCGGCAAAGCGCCAUCGACGCCUCCACCAUCAGCCGCACAGCAAGCAACCGCUGGAUCGACAUCUCCAACAAUGCCCACCUGCGUUUCCCACUUCCCGGCCCUGCUCGUCCCACUCCCGCAGAUGUCAAAACCAUCCCAGCGCCCUAG